AUGGGCGCAUACUCGCACUCCAACGGCUCCGUCGAAGAAACAACCUCGUCCACUCGUUCGUUUUUCUCUCGCCUAGCCCUGCCCGGCCGAUCGCGUUCGCGUAACCUAGCCGACUUCCACGUCCGCCCCGACGACCCCCACCGCCAGUACUCGGCCGGCGACCACGUCCAUGGCGCCGUAGUCCUGACUGUAGUCAAGCCUGUCCGCAUCACUCACCUCACGGUCGCCCUGCAUGGCUACGUUCGCGUGCACAAGGGGCCAGCCGUCAGCGAGCCCCCCGUCGCGAAGCCUGCCCUGUCCGGUCGGACGUCGGCACAGUAUCACGGCAAUGGCUACGCCUCACUCUUUCAGGAUGAGCAGGUGCUCAGCGGUGAGGGGAGGUUGGAGGCCGGGAAAUAUGAAUUCAACUUCGAUUUAGUCUUCCCUGAAAAGGGCCUGCCUAGUAGUAUUGAUUUUGAACGAGGCACGAUUUCCUACAUGAUCACAGCGACUCUAACGCGCCCGACCUCGAUAUCGCCCACGUCAUCUUGCGAUCGGAAGAUUCAGCUGGUUGAGAAAAUAGAUAUUGGAUCCCUGGCGCCUCCCCGUCCCCGGACCAUCUAUCUCGAGCCGAUAUCCAAGAAGUCAAGGCGUAGAAGGACCACCGGUGCUGACAAGGCGUCCCUCGCCUUGGAUGCAACCGAGAAUGGCUCCGACGCGGAACACCAUGAUGCUGAGCGUGCCAUCGACUCACCAGCACCGACAGAGGAAUCUCCGCACGAUCCGCUAGAUCAUCCACGGAGCCCAACACAUACAGAUAUCCAGAGCGAAGUCAGCGGCGACAGCACUGUCAGCUCGAGCACAGGCAUUAGUCUAGCCCGGGCGGAGCCUCAAUUCGCCAGCAGCUCAUUGUCGAACUCCAAAAUGCAAGCCGUCGACGAGAAAACAAUCACGGCUACGAUCGAGAUGCUCAAGGGUGGCGCGUUGCCGGGCGAUACGGUAUCAGUAAAGGUUUCGGUCCAGCAUAUCAAGCGGAUCAAGAGCAUGCAUGGUGUCAUCGUCACGAUGUAUCGGCAAGGCAGGGUCGAUACAGCGCCGCCCGCUUCCAUGUUCGCCGACAUCAUGUCCAAGGAAGAGGCCCGCAAGCUUGCGAAGGAAGAUUACUAUCCACGGUCGCGAACAGGCUUAGGCGGUCUUUCGUUAACCUCCACGUCGUCGCUCAGCGUUUUCCGAAAAGAUCUGUCCCAGUCUGUCGCUCCUCUGAUUAUCGAUCCGGCAACAAUGGAAACAACGGUGACGGCAUCGUUCAAGGUACCAGAAGACGUCUUUCCGACUAUCAAAGGCGUGCCCGGUGACAUGGUGAGCUUCAAAUACCAAGUGGAGGUCCUGGUCGAUUUGGGCGGCAGGCUUGCUAGCCAGCUCCAAGGGGGUGGCCAGUCGAGAGUGGCACAGUACGCGCCUGGUUCUGGCGCAACCGAUGGCAACAACGCGGCCCUUACCUCAUGGGGAGGCAACGUGAUAGACACGGAUCGCCUACGACGUGAAAAAGGAGUGAUAUCGGUCGUUUUCGAGGUGAUUCUGGGCACAACAGACAGCACGAGGCUGCGCGGGCGGAGUAACACGUUGCGUACAUUGCAGAUGCGCGAAAGGUCCCUUAGCAGAGAUGAGGUUUCUAGCCACUGGCCCGUCGACGACAUCCACGGAGAUGACGGUGAGAGCUACUGGCCACAACCCACCCCUCAAAUGCCGGGGCCGCUUGGUCGACAACCCACGAUCAUGAUACAGCCUACGAGUCCGCCAGAUGAGGUGCAAGCCCCGGCCUACGUGCCUCCUCCGCAAGUCCCAGAUGAGGGUGGUUUGACGGAGAAAGAACGAGCACGGAGGCAAGAAGAGAGACUUUUACCGAGCCGGCCGCCUCAAAGGGGAGAGGCUGGCCCGUCAGGGGCAUCGGAGCCGGAGCCCAACAUCUACGAUGCUGAGGAUGAGCCUCCAUGCGAAUCACAGGCGCACCAAGGAAGCAACGGGGUUGAGGAUCAACCGUCGGCGCCGACGCUUGAUGAUAUUUCGACAUCGCGCGAGGCACGAACAGAAGACAAACAGGAACUUGAGCGGCAACGGUUGCUGAACGAAGCCAGCGCGCCGCCCGAGUUUCCAGAUGACUACGAUGCCGGACCCAGCUCAUCGGCACCGCCAGCGGACGUUGCUGAACCGUCGGCGCCGGUCUUGGCAGACGAGAACGACUACGGCCAGCAGUAUAGCUACCGUACAGAAGCAGGCGCUGGGCAACCCAGCCACCACGCAGCAGGCUCAGAGCCACUGCCGAGGUACGAGCGAUGA